GAUAUUUUAAGACGCAAAUAUGUGAGUGAGGGUUUCGAGUCCCAACGUGGUCUGCACAUCGGCCAUUACACCUUCUGAGGAAACCACGUGAUUCACGUGACUCACGUAUGAGACGAAGGGAAAAUAUCGUCUCGCCGAGAAAUUGAAUUGAUGCCGUUCAUGGCCGUUUGUUUGCCUUCAGAUUUGUUUAUCGCCGCGUUGAGUCACUGAUAUUGAAAUUUACCAAUUUUGGUGUCGAGAGAUUCAGCAGCAGCAGCUGUACUUGACGUCGAGAAAUGACAUUCGACCAGCAGACAGUAUUACUGGGAAAUCACGAAAACGUCAUGGUUGGACCAUCUUCGACAUCACCUCCGCCACCUUUGACCGCAGCGGUAGCUUCUCUCAAUCCAGAAGCGGUCGUUUUUGAAAGCCACAGUUUGACUAGACAAAUAAUUGACACGACGGACAGUAUUGUCAUUGACCACCAGACAGCAGUGACCCGUUCCUCGGCAAAAGAAAAUACAUUGGUGAAUGGGGAAGCAGUCAUGCCUGCACCAGUGGCUCUCUCCGUGGAACCUUUGCCUGCUAUAGACUCAUCAUCAGACAUGCUGAGCCCCAGCCCAGUGACUGUGUCUCUCGUUCAAGACACCACCAAGACAAUGAUGAAUGGUGAUCAGCUGCAGUCCAAAGAGGGGGAGAGUGGUUCGGUCCUGAAUGAAUCAGUAGUGGCUAUGAGUGAGAAUGUGAACAAUACUUCUGCGACAUCUCCUGGUGGAGAGGUUCCAGUUGACAGGCUUAAGCAUGCUUUGGCUGCCCAACUGGAGUAUUAUUUUUCUAGGGAAAACUUGGCUAAUGAUGCUUAUCUGGUAUCUCAAAUGGAUGGGGACCAAUAUGUUCCCAUCUGGACUGUGGCUAAUUUCAAUCAGAUCAAGAAAUUGACAACCGAUAUUAAGCUCAUCACUGAGGUGUUAAAGGAAUCACCAAAUGUCCAGGUUGAUGAUGAAGAGAUGCGCGUGCGACCUAGCCACAAGCGUUGUAUCGUGAUUCUACGAGAAAUCGAUGGUUCCACGCCGGUCGACGAAGUCCGUGCGAUAUUCGCCGACGAGUCUCUGCCAAAGAUACUAUCUUGCGAGUUUGCUCACAAUAAUGUUUGGUACAUCACGUUUGAGUCGGACGACGACGCCCAGCGAGCAUACCACUACGUUCGAGAUAACGUCAAAGAAUACAAGGGGCAUCCAAUCAAUGCACGCAUCAAGGCCAAACCCGCGAUGAAUCGGUUCUUUAGCUUGCCCGGUGCAGUAAACAAUGGAAUGCCUGGCGUGCCUCCUGGCAUGGGAAUCGUCCCGCCGUCAGCCGUUCCUCUCCCCGUCCCCGUGAUCCUGGCCACUGCUACGGGAGCUCCUUUACCGGUGGCUGUCGCACCAGUGCCUACCAACGCUGUCCCUUUGGUGGCCGCAACCGGUGCGGCUCCGUCGCUCAAGAACGGAUAUCCAAAUGUCACCGCCGUGGCAAGUGGGACUCCGCCACCGCACGAAGGUGCGGUCGCUGUUGUCAAUCCUUCAACAAACCAACAGCAACAGCAGCAGCAGCCCCACAUGCAGCCACAUCAUCAGCCGCAGCCAAGAUUUCUUUAUGCAGCACCCCCCGCUCCUGGAUCGCCGUAUGGGGCACAACCUCAGCUUCAGUUGUACGCUUUCCACCAUCCCAGUUCGUUUUACACGCCAACUGUCCUACAGGCGUGGCCUUCUCCUAAUGCCGGUGGUUCGUCGCUGUUUGAUUUGGCACCGGUAUUCGCCAUGAAUGGCCUGUCUCCCCAGGCGACGUUUAAACCAUCGCCCAACCCGCGCUACCCGGGUAGUAUGGGCGGUCGAGGUCGAGGGGCUCACCGUCGAAACCCAUCGACUCAUUCGAAUGCGAACAACCACAGCGAAACGGGAGCUUCGGCACAUUCGCCCGCAUUUAGCCAUCAGCAGCAAGCAGGCAGCGGCUCGGUUGCUCCGGCUGGCGGUCCUGCAACGGCUGCCAGCAACAACAGCAACAGUGCGAAUGGCGUUUCACUGAGUAAUGGGCCAUCUGCUGCGCCCCUUCCGUCCAAGAACAGCAGCUCUCCUCAGGCAGGGACGACGAGUGUGUCAACGUCCUCGACGUCGACGACUACCAACACUGGCGGAAGCAGUGGACGUGAUAGCAAGGAAGCGAGCACUAGUCAUCUUCCGCUUCAGAAGCAGGCGACUGAUGGCGCUCCUGCAGCUGUCGGAGCAGGGUACGGCCCUGCUUCCGGCGAAGAAAGGCGACAUCAUCACGAAGCCAACAACGAAAGAAACUUUGGAGGAGACCGCAGUGAGAGGCAACCGUAUGGGUUUGGUGGAAGAGGUCGCGGUCGGCCCAGAGGUGAUAGAGGGAGUAGAGGUGGAUACUCUUCCUAUUAUCGAGGCGCAUCGAACGGUUCAUACCGUGGCGGUGGGGGAGGUGGAAAUGGCGGGGAUCGUGAACGACACGAUCGCGAUUCACGUCACGGGAGCUUUGGUUCCUCUGUCGGUAGCGGUGGAGGAAGUUACCAAUCCCGUGUAAACGGACCUCAUCAGCAUCAUCAUCACCAUCAUGGCAAUGGUAACAGCAGUACGACAAGCCCGGCUCCCGAUUUUGAUCUUCAGGCAGUCUCUUCGUUUCCACCUUUACCCGGACUGGAAGCUGGAGUUGCCACUGGAGCCGCUCUUGCUGCCUCAAACAACUCUGCCGGUGGCAGUGUAGUGAACUCCGACGCACCACCUAAAGUGGAGGAGAACAGUACACCGGAAUGCGUAACUCUUGUAGGAGGAGGAGGUGGUGGAGGACACGGCGGCGGAGCAAGUGGAGCUUGGGGCGAAAGUAAAUUGUCGGAUGUAGUGAAGGGAGUGGCCAAGCCGAAAAGUGGCUCAAAUAACGGGCAUGGUCCAAAACACCUAUUAAAUGGCCCCGCUUUGAUUCCGAGCGGUGGGAAUAGCAGCAGUGCAGCUGCAGCAGCCAGUAAUUCUGCAGCUUCCGUGGUGACGCAAUCGGGGGCACCAAUGGCGGGCACUACCAAGGCAACUUCAGUCGAGAGCCAGCCAACUCCAUUGCCUAACGGUGAUCUCGCACAGUCCACUCUUGCCCUCACGCCACCUACGUCACCGGGGAAAAAGGAAAAGCCAUUUUCGGGCUCAACUGUCCAACAAGCCAAUACUUCGAAGCCGGCCAAAGCGCAAACUCAACAACAGCUCACACACCAUCAGCAACAACUAAAACAACAUCCAACAACUGGAGUGCCUUCCGGUACAUCUGAAAUGACACCAGUUAAAGCAGCUGUCGCCCCCGUUCCUCCACCCGGUGUUUCUUACGCCAAGAUGGCUGAACAGAACAAGGAUCGAUUGGAACAAAUGGCUCGCGAAGUCAAGGAGCGUGAGCUGGAGCAGGAACGUGAAAGGAGGAGGGUUGCCCAAACGAAAUUGGCAGCUAAUCAGGGUAAAACGGGCUCGCGGCCGGGUUUGCCAGGUCAAACACCCGGCGCUACAGCCCCGUCAACAAACUCUUCUAGCCAGGGACCAGCAACUGUCCAGCAGCAGCAACACCAGCACCAACAUCAAUAUCGCAACGACAGGCGUAAAGAUAAGCAGGCUCACCACGUCAAUAAUAUGGGCAGCGACAUUGAGGUUGGUGGUUCACGUGACCGCUCCAAGUCUCCUUGAAAAGGUUAAUUAAUAUGCGACGGCGAAGAAAAGAGUGUGAAGGGAAUAAUUGGGUCGGACUUUUGUUACAAUUUCGAAAAUGCAUCUGCCUACACACAACAACUUGUAUUUUUGCCACCAACCGCCCUCCAUCUCUACCGUUCUCUCUCUCUCUCUCUGUGUGUAUGUCUGGUGUGUCGUGGGCGAAAAGAAAGAGAUGGAAGAAAGGAGGAGGCAAACAAAACAGUUUGGUUGAACCCCAAUGUGUGUCGGUGCUUGUUUCACCAUCGUAGAAAAUGAGAACACUCUCGGGACAGUGGACGAAUUUAUCCGGUAGAUCCAUUUAGGACUUCAAAAAUUUCUUUUCUUCAUUUUGAUCGUCAUUCUUUGCAUUAGGAAUCAUGAUUUAUCACACUGAUUUAUCAUUAUUUAGGAAAAAAAACGAACCGUUUCAAUCGCUCGAUUAAUCCCUUCUCCGCUACCACCAACACCACCGUCAACAACAACCAUAUCUUCACGCGUGUAGGGAGAGCUCUUUUCUUCUCAUGGGGAAUAGGGAAUUGAAUCGUUCAAUUGGUUGCUCAUCUCGCCAACGGGGGUCGAACUUGUUGCAAGAUUCUUCUUCCCCCCCCCCCCCCUUUCACAUACACAUUUACGCCACACGGUUAUAUCAUGUUUUCUGACCUUUGUGUAAUUUUUGUUUCAAAUUUCUCCUUUUGCUGCCCCAUUCUUUGACUUGGACCUUGUUGGGAAAAUUUUUUUGUUUCUGAAAAAAAAACUAGCGCAUCGUGUGGUGUAGUUUUGGGUAAAGUUGUGAAUGUUUAUAAAAAAAAAGUCAACGCCAAAAAUUGGCAAGAAGAAUGGGGGAAAACGUAACAAACAGAAAAGAAAAAAUUAUCUGUAUUUGGAAAUAGAGAAAGACGUGUAGUGCAAUGGAUUUUGCCAGCGUUUUGGGGAGGGAGGGAAAGUCCCGGGAUAGGCGAAGAAGAAAGUAAUUGGGGUUUUUUUUCCUUUUUUUAGUCUUUUGUUGAUGCUUCAAAAAAAUGUAGGCUAGGGACGAAAAAUGUUGACAGAAAUGAGACGAAUUAAUUGAAGGAAGAAAAAAUACUAGACACACGUUUAUAGUCGAUUUUGAUUCUCUUACGAAAACAAAAACUUUUUUUUUUUAGUCUUUUGUCGUAGGUGUUGGAUAAAUAACGUUCUCUUCAUUUCUGGCCCCUUCGCUGGCUAAUUCAUUUUGUCCUCAUCAAAUGAUAAUUCUGUCUUUCGAUUUUUGUUUAUUGGUAUAUGCGCCGCCGCCACCUACUCUCCUCUCGAUUCCCCCGCCUUUAUUUUUCAGUGAAGGAACUUGGAAAAAAAAAGGUUUCGGUAGUGACUAGAAUCUAGGGAAUGAAGAAGGGUGCUAAUGUUGUUUUUCUCCUCUUCAUUGUCUGGUUUACACAGCGCUACGCCAUCAGUUCAUCAUUUUUUUCUUUGAUUCCCCACCUCACCCUCAACACAUCUCCUUAUCCCUCCAACUAUGGCUUUUCGUGUUUCAUUUUCCGAAUUUAUUGGAGGUGAAAUGAUUUUUUUUUUCCAACGACACCACCCGAAACAGUUCGUUUCCCCCGAUUCUAAAAAAAAAAAAGUUAAUAAAAAAACAAUUUUUUCUUGUCCCGUGUAUCGUUCAAUGAAUUGAACACACGCAAAAAAAUUGUCCACCGCUUCAUUUUUUGCUCCUAGAAAACCUCCACCAGCCUAUCAAAAAAAAAUUUAAAUAGUGUGUUCCAGUCAACGAGUACGAGGAAUUAAUUUUUUUUUUUAACGGGGUUGUGUCCAUUAGCUGUCCACUUUUUUUAUUAUUAUUAUUAAUUAAUUAAUUAAUUUUGUGUAUCGUCUGGCCGAAUGUUUACAUCCUUUGAUUUUCUUUUGCUCUGGCUCGUCAUCAUCAUCCCUCAAUUUUGAUGUGUGCGUGUGUGAUUUAUCUCUCGCAAAAUGGAUUGUGCCUUACUGCCUUUUCUGGUUUUUUCUCUUUAUUAUUAUUUUUUCCCUCCCACUUUUCCCAUCCGUCUGUUUCUGUUUUUCCUCCCUUCUAUAAUUAAUUACCACAUCAGUCUUUUUGCCCGUGUCGUGUUGUGUUUCGCUCUCGGUCGUUCUUAUAUCACUUUAAUCCCCUCCCCCUCUUUCCUGUAUUAUUAUUCGGACAUUCGUCUCUUGUUGUUUUGCGAAUUGAUGCUAAUUAAGUGUUCUUACGUCAAAAGAAUUUUGGGUGGGGUUCUAUUCUAAAUCUUAAAAGAAAUGUGUUAGGGGAGGGAUAACAAUUGAAAGAAUCGACGCGCUGGAAUUUAUACUCCCACGCAACAAUUUCUUUUUUUUUUUCUUUUUUGGCUUUCGUCAUUUUUUUUCACGAGGAAACACACACAUUCACGCAGUCUCCUAUUACUAUUUACUUGUCUCUACCCCCUCCUGUUUUUUUUUUCUUUCUUCUCUUAUGGAUCAAUAGGUUUGUGGAAAAGGAGGUGGAAUCGAGAAAACGAUUUGAACAAUUUGUUUUCUCGAGUUUCAACUCGGGAAAAGACGUUAGAGAAAAAAGCAGAAACAGCCAAUCAUUCAACUUUUUCUUGAGAUUUCCAAUUUGUUUUUCUUUUUUCGAUUAAAAAUCCCAAAAAUAAAAAUUUGAAGAAAGAAAAAGUAAAAAAAAAAAACAUCAAUUGCAGGGGAAAGAUUCUAAUGAUACGAUUCUAUAUGCUUUUUUCGUCUUUUUUACUAUUACUACCCUAUUACUAUCAUUGAUAAGAUUCAUCUUGAUUACAAAGCAAAGAAGCCUGUGUUUGUUGUAAAAGUGUGUGUAAAUAUUGUAGCCUGAUGAAAGAGCUGUCCAACGGAGAUUUGUUAGUGUACGA